GAGAUUUAAAUGGUCCCUUAAAGCCGGAGUCAAGGCAAACGUUUCACUAUCAUGAUUCACAUGAAUAUCAAUUCUAAAGUAGUCGAUCCACACCGCCUUUAACUGCCGGCAGUAUAUACAGCCGCCUGGACUCUAUGUGUGAAAUGGUCGUUUAUGAAGCUUUGGAGCUGUGUCUGAGUCUGUAUAGCUUCUAAAAUUGGACGUGUAUGUGCCAUUGGUCACCUAUUUGCGCUAGCAGACCCAUCACAUGAUUCCAGGUCUAAUCAAUCAAUAAGGCAUGGAGCAUCCUUGUUUACGACCUUAAUCUCCUCACCUUCUCCCCUAUACUACACAAACAAACAAACCCUCUCAAUUCUGACACCGAGACAAAUAAGCUACACCCUUCUGCUCAAGCUAGCUUCUUGACCAGGCACUUGUGGGCCUGCAGCUCUAAAUACGUUACGGCUUUUUGACUAGGCACUUGUGAGCCUCUAACUCUAAAUACGUUGCGGCCAUGUCGUCCACCUUCCAGCCAGGCUUCGCUCGGCCCCUACUACCCGCCCUCCCCGAGGGCAAGACGUCAGCGCUCGUCCGAGCCCCCGUCCCUACGCCCACCUUCCCCGAUGAAUCCACUCUAUCCUUCACCGUCCAUGCGCGCAUCCACAUCGCUGCUCCACCCAUCAUUGUCCUACGCGCCCUUCUCGACACCGGCUCCUGGCCACGUUGGAACAGCUUCAUUCCCGCGGUCCAGAUCUACUACGGCGGGACGCCUGUUUCCGCCCUCCCCGAAUCAUCGGACAUCCUCGGGGUCGGUGCCGUAUUCACCAUGUUUGUGAACAUGAGCGGCAAGUCAGAGGAGAAGCGCGAACCAGUGGAGAAGUUGAGGAAGUCGAAUGAGUACUUGUCGAUUGUGGAGGAGCUUGUGCCGCAGCGAGAGCAGGGGAGGAAGGGCUGGCGCAUGGCUUGGGGUGCUGAUGGCCAUUUUAUGCUGAAGGGGGAUCGCGUGCAGGAGAUCGUGGAGACGGAGGGGGGAUGCGAGUAUGUCACUUGGGAGAGCUUUGGGGGGAUGAUGGCUCCAGUGGUUAGGCUUGCGGUGGGAGGACAAUUGAUCGAUAGGUUUGCGGAUCAGGCGAGGGAUUUGAAGGAGUGGUGUGAAGGAGAUGGGGGAGAGUAAUGGGUGAUUGGGAGAUACGUUGAUGGUUGACUGUGUGCGUGGAGCCUUUAUGAAAUCGAGGGAAUAUGAAACUGCGGGUAGGAAAAGGUCUCGCGAGCUCAGGCAUUAAUUUCUAUCAGGCCAUUGCUUUUAGCACUUAUGGCUUUACUCUAUUGAAUGAAAACCGUAC